AUACUCAUACAUGCUCAUAGGUUUGUGAUUGAAAUGUAAUGUUAUUUGGGAUUUGAAGUGUGAAACGAAGCAUCAAACAUGGCAAUGGCAAGAGUUAUGAGUAUGAGGAUGAGGAAUAUUGGUGGUGCUCUUCUUCUGCUACGUACUCGUUUGCACUCUUCACCCUCCUUCCAUUUCCAAAACCCAUCUCUCUCUCCUUCAAACUCUCACCUUUACCCUUUCUCCUCCACUUCCCUUCGCUUUUUCAACGCCUCCUUCUCUCACCGUAUUCCAGGUGAGACAAGUGAUGAUGGUGCAACCACAGAUGGAUGGGAAGAAGAAGACGAGACUGAGCCUAAGAUUGGUGAUGGGGGAGAUGGUGGUGGAGUUGCCUUGCAAAAUAUUCCUUGGGGUCAGCGAGCCCUCUCUAUUGCUGAGGAGGUCCUUAUGCAGUUCGGUGAGGACAUUAAACUAUAUGCUUUCAAGACUACUCCUCGUGGAUAUGUAUAUGUGAGAUUGGACAAAUUAACAGAUGAAUAUGGGUGUCCAAGCAUGGAAGAGCUUGAACGCUACAAUCAAGAAUACAAGAAAAGAUUAGAUGAAGUUGGAGCACUUGGAGAGAUACCCGAUGAUUUGGCUCUUGAGGUUUCAUCCCCGGGUGCUGAGAGAAUACUAAAGGUGCCGGAUGAUCUUGAUCGAUUCAAAGACAUUCCUAUGAGAGUCUUCUAUGCAGAAGAUAUAGAGUCCAAUUGCCCAGAAGGAGAAGGAGUUUUCUUGUUAGAUUGUAUAGAAAAGGACUCAGAGAUAUGUGUGUGGAAGUUGGCAGACGUUAAAGAGAAUAGAGACCCUGUAAGAAAAGGCAGGCCUUUAAGUCGGAAACAGAAGGAUUGGAGAUUAAAAUUGCCAUUUAACUUGAUUAGAAUGGUAACUCUGUACAUUCAAUAUUUGUAAAAAUCUUACUUUAUUUUGAUUCAGGAACAUAGAAUCGGUUUCUCUCUGUCCCCCUUCCCCAUGCAGCCUUCCUAUCCUUAUUUUCCUAGUUACGAUGACUAGAUAUGAUAUGUGGGAAAUAGUUUUACAAAAGA